AUGAAUUUCCAGGCGGGGGUCCCAGUGUCCGGUAUCUCGCAGCAGUCUCAGCCGACCAUGCCCUCUUCAGGCCCGGGGCAAACGCCUGUCCCAGUGCCGGUUCCACAGUCUAUCCCGUCCCAGUUUGGGUCUGGCUCAUCUGGGGGCUCCGGAGGGGGUCAGUUCGGCUCGGGGACUGUAUCUGGACAAGGAUCUGGCCAGUCUGGUUCGGCUGGCUCGCAGUUUGUUUUGUCCAACUCAGCGGCCAUCAGAGCUGAGAUCCAUAGGUUCGAGUCGGUCCACCCCAACAUUUACGCCAUCUACGACCUGAUCGAGCGCAUUGAUGACCUGGCCCUGCAGAAUCAGAUCCGGGAGCAUGUCAUCUCUAUUGAAGCUGAACUCAUCUAA